AGGCUCAUAUAUCUUGUUCUUGUUUCUCAUCUCCUGGUUGGAAUCUUCAACCUCUUGAGUAGGCGUUUCGAGGAAGACUUUCGUUACUUUCCCCUCGAACUACGCGGCUCUUGAUACCUUGUCGGUCACUCGCUUUCCCAAGGUUUGCCAAUCGUUAUAAUCCCUUCUGAAGAACCUUCAUCGCACCAAGAGUUGAAAGAGCACACAACUCGAAACCCUUAAUCAUAAUGAAGGCAUCUUCUCUUCUGGUGCUCCUCGCGGGCACUGCCUUUGCCGGUGCUGUCGACAAACGCCACUGGAAACCAGAAACCACACCAUGUGAUGAUGACAAGCCUACUUCGACUCCUCAACCUCACUCUCAAUGGCCUGGAACUGGUGGUUGGCAACCAUCCUCUCAACCCUGGGGUCCUCCUCAGUCAUCAGGUCCCAGCGAGAGCAACACUGUGGUUCCUGUGACUUCGCUUCCUUGGUCUCCUUCAUCCGUCUCUCAGCCUGCUGGUCCAACAACAGUAGCUUCUUCUGCUCCUGGUGUUCCAAGCAAUCCAGUUACUACCAAGACCUCGACUUAUACCACCACAACCUGCCCAGUUGGCACGACUACGUUCACAUCCGGCGCUAGCACCAUUACUGCAGUCACCACUGGAACGACUACUAUUGUUGUCACAGACACCGUUACAUGCACAAAGGACGUCUGCCACCCACACACUCCUACUCCGGUGACUGUCUGGACUGAGACCUUCUCUACUGUCACUCGUACAUACACCACGACCACAUGCCCAGUCGGCACGACUACAUUCACAUCUGGCUCUGCCACCGUCACUGCAGUCACCACUGGAACUAGCACAAUUGUCGUUACAGACACUGUGACUUGCACCAAGGAUAUCUGCCAUCCUCACACUCCUACCGCAACCCCCAGCGUAACUCUUCCUAGUGUUGCAAUCACUUCUGUCACUGGAACGACCGUCGUUACUGGGGGCUUUAGUUCUAGCACUCCUGCAAUUCCUGGUGUUUCUAGCACCCCCGGAGUUCCUGACGUCUCAAGCACUCCUGGAUUCCCCGGUGGUUCUAGCACUCCUGCAGUUCCUGGUGUCUCAAGUACUCCUGGAUUCCCCGGUGGUUCUAGCACUUCUGGAUUUCCCGGUGUCUCCUCCACUGCUACCGGUGUUUCUCCUACCACCGUUCCUGGCGGCUCCAGCGGUUCCAGCAGCGUCCCUCAGCGUCCCAGCACCACCCCAUGCACUUCCGGCUCUGUGACAGUGGUUCCUGGUGGAUCUUCAUCUGUUCCUGGUAUUAGCUCUGCACCUGCAACAACUGCCUCGGAAGGUAUCACUACCAAGACUAUCACUUAUACGACAACUACCUGCCCAGUUGGAAGCACCACUUUCACUUCUGGAAGUAGCACCAUUACUUCUGUGACAACUGGUACUAGCACUAUUGUCGUGACAGCCACAGUGACCUGCACCAAAGAGGUCUGCCAACCGCACACACCCACUCCUACCAGCGUUGGUCCUACCAGCGUUGGUCCUACCACUGUCCCUGUUGUAACUGGCUCUGUGACCCCAACCGGACCAAGCCCUAGCUCAGUCGGACCUACCACUGUUGCUCCUUCCGGCCCAGCAUCCGAAACUGUGACAACCAAGACUAUCACCUUUGUGACCACGACUUGCCCUGUUGGAACUGCCACGAUCACCUCUGGCUCCAGCACUAUCACUUCGGUCACAACUGGCACUAGCAGCAUCACUGUCACCCAGACUGUCACUUGCACGAAGGACGUUUGCCAUCCACACACUGCUACUUCCACCAUCCCUGGUGAGACCAGCCCAGUUACUGUUCCUGGUACUACUCCCACCUCAGUCGGCCCUACUUCCGUUGCUCCUUCGUCCGCUCCUGGCACCGGUACAGUCCCCGCUGGCACUGAGACCUCGCCCGCUUCUGGUUCUGGAUCUACUACUGUUUCCGUACCCGCUGGCACUCAGACCUCGUCCGCUCCUGGCACCGGUACAGUCCCCGCUGGCACUGAGACCUCGCCCGCUUCUGGUUCUGGAUCUACUACUGUUUCCGUACCCGCUGGCACUCAGACCUCGCCCGCUCCUGGCUCUGGAUCUACUACUGUUUCUGUCCCCGGAUCUGUAACAGUUCCAACCUCGGUUGGACCUACGACUGUGGCGCCUUCUGGACCAGCAUCCGAGUCUGUUACCACGAAGACUAUUACCUUCCUCACAACCACCUGCCCAGUUGGAACCACUACUUUCACAUCUGGAUCAAGCACCAUUACUUCUGUGACCACCGGAACAAGCAGCAUUACCGUUACUCAAACCGUCACUUGCACCAAAGAGGUUUGCCAGCCGCACACAGCCACAACUGGUGUUCCAACCACUAUUAUCCCUACCUCUGUAGCCCCCACGACUGUUGUCCCUGGAACCAGCGUUCCUGGUGAAACUACCGUACCUGCUGGACCAACAGUUCCUGCUUCUACCAUUACUGUUAGCCCCAUCCCAGUACCAUCUUCUGCAGGUGCAACUGGUGUGACAUCAGUUCCUGAAUCUGUGGUUACCAAGACCUUAACUUAUACUACCACUACUUGCCCAGUUCACACCACAACUUUCACCUCUGGCUCUAGCACAAUCACCCAGCCAGUUACUGAGACCAGCUCCAUUGUCGUGACACAGACUGUUACCUGCACUAAGGAUGUUUGCCAGCCACACACCUCGGUCACUCCGACAACGGCAACUCCUACCCCUGUUCUCGUUACCUACACUUACACCACGACUACUUGCCCUGUCACCUACGCAGCCACAACAAGCGGAUCGUCUACCUUCACCAUCCCCGUGACCGGAACAAGCACUAUCACUGUUACUGCAGUGAGCACCUCAACCCCUCCGGUGGUUGUUCCUGGUACUACAAUCGUCCCGGUUGUUCCCGUUGGUGGAACCACUUCCGUGGUUCCAGUUCCUGGCGGUGAAUCCACUGUUGUCGUUCCAGUCCCAACUUCCAUCUCACCCGAAGCUGUGAGCACUGUUGUUCCUCCUUACCCCGUUGGAGCAUCAACCAGUUCCGCACCGGCUGGUCCUACAGCACCAGCAUCAGCUGCUCCAACCUUCACUCCUUCUCCCUUCUCUAAGCCUGGUGCAACAACCACUAAACCCAGCAGCCCUCUCUACACCGGUGCCGCCUCAGCUGUCAAGGUUGGUAAGGCCGGCGUAUUAGCUGGUGCCAUCGCUAUCUUGGCCUUGAUUUAAACUGGAGUCGUCAUGACUUCAUUUUCUCUUCUACAAAAUGUUACAUACAACGUUACUCUGCCUUCGUUUCUUUUUUAAACAUCUUUUUACGCUUAGAGUAGCGAUUGGUUACGCUAUUGUCUAAUAUCUAUUCUCACUUCUAAACAUGGCAGGUAUGGUUGUUUUGUACGCUGUUCUUGGAAAGCUGUGUUCCAGCAUUCAUAAGUAACACUCAUUACAACUUCAGUUUAGAAGCUUCCUUUUUCUGCGGUCUUAUAUGAUCGAAAAACUUGUCACCUUCGAACCUGUACAAUCCCUAGAACCUUCGAGUUUCGUUUAUGUCUAUGAUAUUGACUAUGUUUGUGCUAGCUUUAUGCAUAAAUAAAUGAUUUAACAUUAUUGCUUAUUCAUUGUAACUCAUAAUUCGUAUCUAUUAAUAUUCGUCAACAGUCACCAACCAUUGCUAGACUGCCGCUCCAAAGCAAGCAUGAGCAGGAUUUCUGUAAUCUAGAAGUGGAUCCUCCAUUCAUGAAUGUUGAAGUCUGAUUAGGGCAACCCAACAACCUCAUAAUUCCAAUUACACAUCGACGAAUCCGAACCCUCACUCAAAACAUUCUUCGUCCCAUUCGCCGACGCAACAAUAUCCCCCGUACUAUCCAAGACUUGAAUAUAUUGACCGCCACCAGCCUGCAGACCAGGCACAGACUCAUAAUUGAGUCCCUCAACCCCAGAAAAUGUACCGAUGAGUUGAUUGUUACUAUACACCUCGAUCGUAUACGGAGAAGAAGACGACGGUAAAAUCACGGCAAAAUUAAUCGCAUCCCGAGCCUGCUGAUAAUUCGUAAUUGUGCUCGAGCAACUCGCGCUCGUGAGUAAGGUGCGAUACCAAAUCGCUCCCUCCGGAUUCCCGCUCUCACUCACCAUGGACGAAACCUCCGUCGCACCAUUCUUAAACGCCGUAAUAAAAGGCUUGAUGACUUUCUGCCAACCGGUAUGAUCGAACCCAUUUGCAUAAUCAUCUUCAUUCGUGCCUGCGAUUUGCUCGGGCCAGAAGCUGCCGACGUAAUGCGAUUCGCCUGCAUCGUUCCAGGUGAUUACUUCGACGAAGUCGGGUUGUAGGGCUAGUAUCUGGGCCAUGCGUUCUGGUAAGUUUGUUUCGCCGAUGCGGUACCAGUCUUGU